AUGAGCUCAGGGGCCAGGCGCACUGGGGACACGGGGGAACCCGCUGGUGCCAAACCGGCCCUGCACUCCCAGCCUCCGCAGCCGCCACGGAUCCUGGUUGUGGACGCCCGUCCUCCGCAUUGGGCCCAGACCCAGCCCAAGCUCUGCAAAGCCCUGGAGCACGUCUUCUGCCUGGCCUGCAGCCUGGGCGGCCCUCCUCGCAUCCCCCUCUUCAGCCUCUACAUGGCGCAGAACCAGCACGAGUGCCUCCUGCCCUUCGUGCACUGGUUGCCACGUGGCGGCUCUUCCUCCUGGUUGCCUAGAGACCAGAGGGAUGGACGGGUGCCACAGCCGGUGAAAGGAGGCUUUGCCCGGCUCCAGAGCUGUUUUGCAGAGCUACGUGCCAUGGCGGCCGAGGGGGCUUUCCGCCCUGGGGAGGAUGCUGCCAUGGUGCAGGCCAUUCGGGACGGGCUCCAGCAGUUCAAGCAGUACACCGGGAGAGGGAUGGCCGGUGCCCCACUCAGCAGCUGCGCCAUUGAGAUUACCAUCCUAACCAGCCGACCCAGCACAGAAGUGGCCCGUCAGCUGGAAGCUGGCCUCCAGGGCAUUGACCUGGUCAGUCUGCGCCAGCUGCAGGUGGUGGAGGUUGCCCCAGGAGGGCUGCAGGAGGAGCCAUGGCUGGAGACUGGUGGAGGAAGUAGUGGCCACAGCGAGAGCCUCUUGGAAGAGGAAGCCGCUGCCCCCCUCCUGGGCCCAGAGGUGGACCUCCAGGUGGUGGAGAACGAGGUGGUGGCACUGGAGGGCAUCUUCAAGGCCUGGCUCCAAGGUCACGGCACUGACCAGGAGCACCUCCACCUCCUCCUGCCCAAAGCACCCCUUGGCCACACUGCUGGCCCACAGAACAAUCUAGCAUGUCUGAAGUGUGAUGUCCAGGAGCGGCUCCUCAGCCCGGCUCUGCUUCCACCGCUGGGUCCCAGAGAAGACCAGGCAAGAGCCAGCAAUGCCACCACCAGCUGCUUCUGGAUGGACCUCAGACCAGGCUUGGCUCCGCGACGGCUCAGGGUCCUCAGGGCGCUCAAAGCAGAGGGUCUGUGUGCCUCCGUCCUCUUCGGGCUCCCUCUGGUCGUCCGGCCCACAAGUUGCUGGAAGCUGAACUGGGACGAACUGGAAGCCAACCAGCACCGUUUCCAGGCCCUCUGCUGUGGCUUGCGGAGCAGAGAAUGGCUUCUUCUGGCCCAGUAUGAACCACAGGAGGGGCCCGUCCCCCGCAGAGAGCCCCCCACCGCUGCCCCCAUUGCCUCCCUGUGGGCCCUUCUGCCCGCAGCCUCCUGCUCCUCCCUCCUCCUGCGCUCCGUGGCCCCCAGAGAACUCCUCCUGCCGGGCUCUUUCCACGCUCCCCCCAUGGACCCCCCAGAUACAGCGCUCAGGGACAUGGAGAGCAUCCUGGAGUGCCUCGACGUGGAGCCAGCCUUCGACCCCCUGAGCCUGGAGACCCACCUGUACCAGGCACUGCGGGCCCGCCUGGCCCAACCGCUGGCCCACCGCCCAACUCCGCGCCCCGUUGAGCGACACCUGCCUCGCCAGCACGCCGGCCAACGUCACCCCAGCAGGGCCCGAGCCACGGUGGCCCCCCUACGCCUGGCCCCGUCCCCCAGAACCAACCGGGCAGCGCUCUCCCUGUUCUCCAGCGAAGAGGAUGAGUUCCCAGAUGCCAUUUAAGAGGAAGAGCAGCCAAGCCCAGGAAGGGGCCCACUCCAAAAGUAGGCCCCUGCAUCCCUGGUCAAUUGCCUGAAUCCAGCAAGGCAGGGGGGCAAGGCAUGGGGGUCUCCCCUUGACCACUCAGCAGCACCAUUGACACAAGUGCCUCAACCCCCACCCCCCAAAAAACUAGUUUGUUUUCCCUCCUCCGCAAAUAACCUGCUUCUCCUUUAUCUCACCCGAGAUAAUUAGUUUUUCU